UGUGUUGCACCCAAUGCUGGUCCUUGGUGGCACUCCAAGGAGCACCCACCCUCCUCACGGUAGGCAGGAAGGAUCCACGCUGUCUUCUCUCUACAGCCAAAAUGGAAAACCCUGAAGUGGCUGUGAGCAGCUGCAGUGCUCAUGAUGAUGAAAAUCUUUGCAGCUACAAACGACAUCUGUCAGUAUCACAGGAGGGGCUUUUGGAAGACCAGCUCAGAAGGAAGUUAAAAUUCUUCUUUAUGAACCCUUGUGAGAAAUUCUGGGCUCGGGGCAGGAAACCUUGGAAACUCGGGAUUCAGCUACUCAAAAUAGCAAUGGUUACUAUUCAGCUGGUGGUUUUUGGAUUGAGCAACCAAAUGGUGGUUGCCUUCAAAGAAGAGAAUACUGUUGCAUUCAAACAUCUCUUCUUGAAAGGAUACAUGGACAGAAUGGAUGAUACCUAUGCUGUAUACACACAAACAGAUGUCUAUGACCAGAUAUUCUUCGCAAUAAACCAGUACCUACAGCUGCCCAACAUUUCUAUUGGAAACCAUGCUUAUGAGAAGAGGGGAGCAGAAGAGACAGCUCUGGCCGUGUGUCAGCAGUUCUACAAGCGAGGAAUCAUCUGUCCUGGAAAUGACACCUUUGAUAUAGACCCAGAGAUUGUGACAGACUGCUUGUACAUUGAGCCAAUGACGCCGUUGGACAACAAAACAGUGGGAAAGCACAAUUUGAAUUUCACUCUGGAUUUCCACAGACUGGUGACAGUGCAGCUCAUGUUCAAUCUGAAGGCAAUCAACCUCCAGACCGUUCGUCACCACGAGCUCCCUGACUGUUACGAUUUCACUCUGACGAUAGUGUUUGAUAAUAAAGCACACAGUGGAAGAAUUAAAAUAAGUCUAGACAAUGACAUAGCGAUCAGGGAAUGUAAAGACUGGCAUGUUUCUGGAUCAAUACAGAAGAACACUCAUUACAUGAUGAUCUUUGAUGCUUUUGUUAUAUUGACUUGUUUGGCCUCAUUGAUCCUUUGCACACGAUCAGUGGUGAAAGGAAUUCAGCUCCAAAGGGAGUUUGUAAGCUUUUUCCUAUAUUAUUAUAAGAAAGAAGUAUCUUUCAGCGAUCAAAUGGAAUUUGUCAAUGGAUGGUACAUCCUGAUUAUGGUCAGUGAUGUCUUAACUAUUGUUGGAUCAACUCUAAAGAUGGAGAUACAAGCCAAGAGUCUGACAAGUUAUGAUGUCUGUAGCAUACUCCUAGGAACAUCCACUAUGCUUGUGUGGCUUGGAGUCAUUCGCUACCUAGGUUUCUUUCAGAAGUAUAAUCUCCUCAUCCUAACACUGCGAGCAGCAUUACCCAACGUAAUGAGGUUCUGCUGUUGUGCUGCUAUGAUCUACCUGGGCUAUUGUUUCUGUGGCUGGAUUGUACUGGGACCAUACCAUGUGAAGUUUCGCUCUCUGAACAUGGUUUCCGAAUGUCUUUUUUCACUGAUCAAUGGAGAUGACAUGUUUGCAACCUUUGCAAAAAUGCAGCAGAAGAGUUACUUGGUUUGGCUGUUCAGUAGGAUCUACCUCUACUCCUUUAUCAGCCUGUUCAUCUAUAUGGUGCUGAGUCUCUUCAUUGCGCUCAUUACAGAUACAUAUGAAACUGUCAAGCACUACCAGCAAGAUGGCUUUCCAGAGACAGAACUGCAGAGGUUCAUAUCACAGUGCACAGACUUACCAAACUCCGGCAGGUACAGGUUAGAGGAUGAGAGUUCUGUAUCUCUCUUCGGUUGUUGUAACGGUCCUAGUGAACAUAUUUAACGGAUUGUAGCAGUGUAUCAUGGAGGCUUUAAAGCAGCACACGUUGCAAGAACUGGACAUUGGAGCUGGUGGAAAACCUUAUACCUAAAGCCUGGAUUUGCUUUUCUCAAAAAAUAGUGUAAGCUUGUGGCAGAAGCUUGUGAUAAACUUACAGUCUUUCUGAUUACGCACUCAUUGCUAGUUCAGGAGUUUUGGGGGUUUGGUUUUUUAUUAGAUUUGUUCUAUUUGUUUCCUCACUUAAAUUGUGCUAGAAUGCAAAGGGCAUUAAAAAGCUGUCUGUGUUCAGAGACUUGGCUAGAUUAUGUGAGUAGACUAGAAAUGCAGUAGCUUUCAACUAUAAGUAGAAAUAGCGCUGGACUGCAACUUUGAACACCAACCUAGUCCUCAGUACCGCAGGCAUUAUCUAGCUAUGGCUGACCCGGCACAGAAUGAAUGAAGGCUCACUCUAGAGCCCUCAGCAUUUUUUGUUUAUCUACACUCAUAGUAAAAAUAAAAUAAAACUAUGAAAUUUAGUGUAAUUUGUUUCUGGAGGCUUACAGUGAAUUGAUGCACAAGCCAUUCAGAUAUGGUUGAGAGCAUAAACUAAAUAUUUCUGUAAACAUAAAUACCACUUAAUGUAAGUGGCAGACUCUUCUCAGAGAGGCCAGGGAUAUGCCAGGCCAGAAGUCUGAGGAGUGAGUUGAGUGGAGAAAUGCAGACGAUCUCCUAUAGCUGGUGCUGGGUAGGCUCAGUUACAGUCUUCAGCUUUCCAGUGUGCUGACCCUAUGUUUUUAAAGGAAAAGUCAGACAAAAGCACUUUCAAAAUAUCUAUUUUUUUAAUUAGAAAUCUUCCUCUGGUACACAAGUCUGUAAACCUUAAGUCUAAACUAAGUUAAAUACAUAUGUAUUUAAUAGAUAAGUCUCUGAGAGUCAUAUCUGUCAAUGCUUUAGAAACUGGAUGUUUCCUUCCAACCUACUAAUCUAGUACUGUCAGCGGCUGCGUGAAACAUUAGAUCUUAGAAAAGUUCCGUUUUGACAACUUAGUUCAUACACUUUGUUGACUGCGAUACCGUUUAAUGGAUGCCUUAUUUUCCAGAGUCUAUUCAGUCUGGGAGCAGAAUAGAAAACCACAGGGAAGCGUAUUUUAGAUAACUUUCAUUUGUGAGCAACAGUCCCGUAGAUAUGUGUGACAAUGUAUAAUGCUGUGCACAAAGGUGGAGGACACUAAACACAUUCUGUCUGAAUGUUUACACAUUGUAAAUGUGCUACAAUAAACACUUCCAGCUGCAGUAUUCGGGUGUGUCAGUAUUAAUCUUAAGAGUAAGUAUGUUGCCAGAUUAAUAUAGGAGCUUUUUUUUUAUAGCAAUAUGCAAUUUGUGGCACGAAACAGUGUGUGGAGUCUGUGAACUUGCAUCGCCUGUAGUCAGGAUAGUUCCUGUGUACUCUGGUGAGGACCUGUUCCCAGUUUGAUCCUGUUUAACAGCUUUUCAGAGUUUGCC